AUGGAAAUACUGGGCGAAUUGAUCCACGAGUUAACCUCUGACGAUAAGAUGAUGUGGGUCAUUGGCGGUGGCGAAGUCGCCAGUGAAAACACGUCCAAGGGAAUCAAGGAACCCGAUCUCAGCAAUGGUUGGUACACAAUAGAGGCCGAUAACUGGCACUUUCAUCUGGCUGAAGCCUCAGUCAACGGCAUCCAGUUUGUGGAGGCCGAUAGCCACGGGGGAUUGAAGUCUUUUUACGUGCGUUUUUCCAAGGACUGGGAAGAAACGCUGGUACGUUGCUACUUCCCCAAUCCCUACCUGGAUGAUGACCUCAACCGGGUUGAAUAUCAGGCCGAUAAGUAUGAUGCUUUCCUCGAAAUGAGAGACCGCUACGUGGGCCGGGAAGAAGGGGUGGUUUACGUUCAGCGUUAG